AUGAAAGGCAGCAUCCCGCUCACCACCCUUCUGCAGCGUGUGUGUGCCUUCCUGGAGUGGGGUCCUCCCUGUGCACUCCAGCACACAACAGCAGCUCCGUGCACACUUGCUGAACUGGUGACCCAAAGAAGACGUCUGGACGACCCCUCCUUUGCCAACCCAGGGUUCAGUGGGCUAAAGGACACUCCACAGAGAGAUGAGGGCCACUGUCUUGCUGCCCAGAGUCCCCAGGGCCCAGUGUGCAUGAGGGAGGGGUCUGGAGCCCAGGCCACGCCCAAGAGAAGCGCACACCUGGACAAGGGCUGGUGCUCCACGUGGGGGGCCGGCCACUUCUCCACCUUCGACCGCCACAUGUACGACUUCUUGGGGACGUGCAACUACAUCUUCGCAGCCAGCUGCCAGGACGCCUCACCCACCUUUAGCAUCCAGCUGCGGCGAGGCCCUGAUGGGAACAUCUCCCGGAUCAUCAUGGAGCUGGGGGCCUCUGUGGUCACCGUGAAUGAGGGGACUACCUCCAUCAAGGAUGUUGGGGUCAUCAGCCUGCCCUACACCGGCAAUGGGCUGCAGGUCAUGCCUUUUGGCCAGGGUGUGCAGCUGGUGGCCAAGCAGCUGGAGCUGGAGCUGGAGGUCCUGUGGGGCCCAGAUGCCCACCUCAUGGUGAGGACGGGUCCUGGAACAGAAGUGAGUGGCCUCUAUAGCUGGGCAGGGGUCCUGGGGCACAAGGAGCCUCAGUGCCCAGCAGUGCCCACCCACCCACAGGUCCUGGUGGAGCGGAAGUACAUGGGCCAGGUGUGUGGGCUUUGCGGGAACUUCGAUGGGAAGGAUACCAACGAGUUUCUUAGCGAAGAUGGCGAACUCCUAGAGCUGCACAAGUAUGCUGCCCUCCAGAAGCUGGAUGACCCCAAUGAGAUCUGUGUCUACCAGGCCAUCCCCAGCCCCGCAGUCCUGCAGGACCAGCACGCUGGAAUCUGCGCCCAGCUGCUGACCCUAGUGUCGUCUGAGUGUGACGUGCCCAAGGAGCCGUUUGUGAGGAGCUGCCAGGCAGACAUGGCCACGUGCGCCCACCCGGACCAGCACAACUGCAGCUGCGCCACGCUGUCCGAGUACUCCCGCCAGUGCAGCAUGGACGAUGAGCCCGUCAGCAGCUGGCGGGGUCCCAGCCUCUGCUCCGUGGGCCAGUGCCCAGCCACCCAGGUGUACCAGGAGUGCGGUGCGGCCUGCGCCAAGACCUGCUCCAACCCGCAGCACAGCUGCUCCAGCUUCUGCACCUUUGGCUGCUUUUGCCCGGAAGGUACGGUCCUUAAUGACCUCUCCAAAAACCACACCUGCGUGCCAGUCGCCCAGUGCCCCUGCAUGCUCAACGGGGCAGUCUACGCUCCCGGGGAGGUCACCAUGGCCGCCUGCCAAACCUGCCGGUGCACCAUGGGCCGCUGGACAUGCACAGAGCGGCCAUGCCCCGGCCACUGCUCCCUGGAAGGCGGAUCCUUCGUCACCACGUUCGACGCCAGGCCCUACCGCUUCCAUGGAACCUGCACCUACAUCCUCCUCCAGAGCCCCCAGCUCCCCCACGAGGGCACCCUCAUGGCUGUGUAUGGCAAGUCAGGUUACUCGCACUCGGAGACCUCCCUAGUGGCUGUCAUCUACCUGUCCAGUGAGGACAAAAUCAUGAUCUCUCAGGACGGGGUGAUCACAGACAACGGAGACACUAAGUGGCUGCCAUACAAGACCGGCAGCAUCACAGUCUUCAGGCAGACGUCCACCCAUCUGCAGAUGGCCACCACCUUUGGGCUGGAGCUCGUGAUACAGCUGCAACCCAUCUUCCAGGUGUACAUCACUGUUGGGCCCCAAUUCAGGGACCAGACCCGAGGGCUCUGCGGCAACUUCAACGGGGACACAACCGACGACUUCACAACCAGCGUGGGCAUCACCGAAGGCACGGCCUCACUCUUUGUGGACUCCUGGCGAGCGGGGAACUGCCCAGCUGCCCUGGAGCGUGAGACCGACCCCUGCUCCAUGAGCCAGCUCAAUAAGGUGUGCUCAGAGACCCACUGCUCGGUGCUACUGAAGAAGGACGCCGUGUUCGAGAAGUGCCACGCCACGGUGGACCCCAAGCCCUUCUACAAGAGGUGUGUGUACCAGGCCUGCAACUACGAGGAGACAUUCCCCCACAUCUGUGCGGCCCUGGGCGACUAUGCACGUGCCUGCUCCUUGCGGGGUGUACUGCUCUGGGGCUGGAGAAACAGCGUGGACAACUGCACCAUCCCUUGCACAGGCAACUGCACAUUCAGCUACAACAGCCAGGCCUGUGACCGCACCUGCCUGUCGCUGUCCCACCCCGAGGCCGAGUGCCACCCCAGCGCAGUCCCUGUGGAUGGCUGCAACUGCCCCGACGGCACCUACCUGGAUCACAGGGACGAGUGUGUUCUCAAAGCCCAGUGCCCCUGUGUGCUGGAGGACGGCAAGCUCAUCCUGCCUCAGCAGUCCACUGUGGUCAAAGGCGUCAUCUGCUACUGCAUCAACGGGCAGCUGAGCUGCCGCGGGCAGCCGCAGACACUCUUGGCUUCCUGCUCAGCUCCCAAGACGUUUCAGUCCUGCGGCCAGUCUUCAGAAAACAAGUUUGCCGCAGCCUGCGCCCCCACGUGCCAGAUGCUGGCCACUGGCAUCACCUGCGUGCCCACCAAGUGUGAACCCGGCUGUGUCUGUGCCAAGGGGCUCUAUGAGAAUGCCCAUGGGCAGUGUGUGCCCCCCGAGGAGUGCCCAUGUGAGUUUGCGGGGGUCUCCUACCCCGGGGGAGCUGAGCUCCACACUGACUGUAAGACCUGCACCUGCUCAAGGGGGAAGUGGACAUGCCUGCAGAGCGCCCACUGUCCCUCCACCUGCACCCUCUACGGGGAGGGCCAUGUAGUCACCUUCGACGGGCAGCGCUUUGUGUUUGACGGCACCUGCGAGUACAUCCUGGCCACGGACGGCUGUGGCGCUAACAACUCCCAGUCCACCUUCAAGAUCAUGACAGAGAACGUCAUCUGUGGGAAGUUGGGGGUCACAUGCUCCCGGGCCAUCAAGAUCUUCCUGGGGGGCCUUUCCAUCAUGCUGGCGAGCAGAAACUACACAGUCAGUGGGGAAGACCCCCGUGUGCAGUUCCAGGUGAAGCCCGGCUCCCUGAACCUGGUUCUAGACAUCAGCAUCCCAGGAAAGUACAGCCUGACGCUCAUCUGGAACAGGCACAUGACCCUCUUUAUCAAGGUCACUCGCACCUCCCAGGACGCCCUCUGCGGCUUGUGCGGCAACCACAAUGGGAACAUGAAGGACGACUUUGAGACACGCAGCAAGUAUGUGGCAUCCAGCGAGCUGGAGUUUGUGAACUCGUGGAAGGAGAGCCCGCUGUGCGGGGACGUGAGCUUCGUGGCAGAGCCCUGCAGCCUCAAUGCCUUCCGUCGCUCCUGGGCAGAGCGCAAGUGUGGCAUCAUCAACAGCCAGACCUUUGCCACCUGCCACAGCAAGGUGUACCGCAUGCCCUACUACGAGGCCUGCGUGCGUGACACUUGUGGGUGUGAUGAAGGUGGGGACUGCGAGUGUCUGUGCGAUGCUGUGGCUGCCUACGCCAAGGCCUGCCUGGACAAGGGCGUGUGCGUAGACUGGAGGGCCCCAGACUUCUGCCCGAUCUACUGCGACUUCUACAACACCCACACGAGGGUGGGCAGCGGCCAGUACCAGUACGUGCAGGAGGCCAACUGCACCUGGCACUACCAGCCGUGUCUUUGCCCUGGCCAGCUGCUGAGCAUCCCGGACACCAACAUGGAAGGCUGCUACAACUGCUCCCAAGAUGAGUACUUUGACCAUGAUGCGGGGACGUGUGUGCCAUGUGAACUACCUCAAACCACCACCACUGUCACUCCACGAACAAAACUGCUGCCGACGCCCACAGCCAUGCUGAGGUCAACAGCUACAGGACCAACCGUGACCCAGGCCAUGACCCAGCCCACAGCACCCUCCCCAGGCCUGGCCACGAAGUCCACAGCUCAGUCCAUGGCACGCACAACAGAGGCACCACCAGCCCCACCAGCGGCAGAAAACACCCCAAGCCCAGGGAACCCUACACCACGCAACGACCUGGACGACACAGCACAAAGGAAGACCUACUACCCCUGCCAGCACAGCUGCUCAAACAACACAUCCAGCUGGCCACACCACCACGCCCAUGGGAACAGCAACAAGGAAAGCAACAAUUCCAAGCACGGUGUCCUCGACCAGAACCCAAAAAAUCCCAUUCGCCACCAUGUCCCGAACCACAGUGUCUGUCCCCAAUUCUCACUACACCACAGGGCUCCCCUCCAGAACGUCCUUCAAGACCACCACCAGCCAGCCAACCCCAUGGCACGCACAGACCUCCCUCGCCCCUCACGUUCUGCCAUUUUCUACCUCCUCGGUCACUCCAACCUCGCACCCGGUCCUCAGCCCCAGCAGCCCAGCGAUGGCCUCGUCCGCCUCCACCCCAACAUCAACAGGCACCAUUUCUCCAACAACAACAUUAACGGGCACAGGACCCACUCACACAGUCGAACCAGCUCUGUCUCCACCACUCCACAUACCACAGGACCCCCAUCCACGAAUUCCUUCAAGACCACCACCAGUCAGCCAACCCCAUCACAAGCACAGACCUCCCUUGCCCCUCAUGUUCUACCAUUUUCUACCUCCUCGGUCACUCCAACUUCUCACACGAUCCUCAGCCCCAGCAGCCCAGCGAUGGCCUCUUCCGCCUCCACCCCAACAUCAACAGGCACCAUUUCUCCAACAACAUUAACGGGCACAGGACCCACACACACAGUCGAACCAGUGACUAGGACCACCAGUGGGACCAUCCAAACCCACACGUCAGUCGGCACAGUCACAACCUCAAGUCCCUUGGUGUCUCACCCUUCCUACACACCCCACCAUGAGUCCACAUCAGCUUUUGCCACCGUCGUCACUCCGAAGUCCUCCAGUACAACUGGGACACCAGAGGUCCACACCAGUUCGCUCACACCAAGCACUCCCCACACCUUGCUCACCACACACUCCCGACCCACAGGCUCUGUCUCCACCACUCCACAUACCACAGGACCUCCCUCUAUGACAUCCUUCAAGACUACCACGAGCCAGCCAACCCCAUCGCACGCACAGACCUCCCUUGCCCCUCACGUUCUGCCAUUUUCUACCUCCUCGGUCACUCCAACAUCGCACACGAUCCUCAGCCCCAGCAGCCCAGCGAUGGCCUCUUCUGCCUCCACCCCAACAUCAACAGGCACCAUUUCUCCAACAACAACAUUAACGGGCACAGGACCCACACACACAGCCGAACCAGUGACUAGGACCACCAGUGGGACCAGCCAAGCCCACACGUCAGUUGGCACAGUCACAACCUCAAGUUCCUUGGUGUCUCACCCUUCCUACACACCCCACCAUGAAUCGACAUCAACUUCUACCACCACCAUCACCCCCAACACCACCAAUACAACUGGGACACCGGUGGUCCACACCACUUCACACACACCAAGCACCCCCUACACCUCGUUCACCACACACUCCCGACCCACAGGCUCUGUCUCAACCACUCCACACACCACAGGACCCCCAUCCACGAAUUCCUUCAAGACCACCACCAGUCAGCCAACCCCAUCACAAGCACAGACCUCCCUUGCCCCUCAUGUUCUACCAUUUUCUACCUCCUCGGUCACUCCAACUUCUCACACGAUCCUCAGCCCCAGCAGCCCAGCGAUGGCCUCUUCCGCCUCCACCCCAACAUCAACAGGCACCAUUUCUCCAACAACAACAUUAACGGGCACAGGACCCACACACACUGUCGAACCAGUGACUAGGACCACCAGUGGGACCAUCCAAGCCCACACGUCAGUCGGCACAGUCACAACCUCAAGUCCCUUGGUGUCUCACCCUUCCUACACACCCCACCAUGAGUCCACAUCAGCUUUUGCCACCGUCGUCACUCCGAAGUCCUCCAGUACAACUGGGACACCAGAGCCCCAGCAGCCCAGCGAUGGCCUCUUCCGCCUCCACACUAACAUCAACAGGGACCACUCCUUCAACAAGAACGUUAACGGGCUCUGUCUCAACCACUCCACAUACCACAGGACCUCCCUCUAUGACAUCCUUCAAGACUACCACCAGCCAGCCAACCCCAUCACACGCACAGACAUCCCUUGCCACUCACGUUCUGCCAUUUUCUACCUCCUCGGUCACUCCAACUUCUCACCCGGUCCUCAGCCCCAGCAGCCCAGCGAUGGCCUCUUCCGCCUCCACCCCAACAUCAACAGGGACCACUCCUUCAACAAGAACGUUAACGGGACCUCCCUCUAUGACAUCCUUCAAGACUACCACCAGCCAGCCAACCCCAUCGCACGCACAGACCUCCCUUGCCCCUCACCUUCUACCAUUCUCUACCUCCUCGGUCACUCUAACUUCGCACCUGGUCCUCAGCCCCAGCAGCCCAGCGAUGGCCUCUUCCGCCUCCACCCCAACAUCAACAGGGACCAUUCCUUCAACAAGAACAUUAACGGGACCUCCCUCUAUGACAUCCUUCAAGACUACCACCAGCCAGCCAACCCCAUCGCACGCACAGACCUCCCUCGCCCCUCACCUUCUACCAUUUUCUACCUCCUCGGUCACUCCAACUUCGCACCCGGUCCUCAGCCCAAGCAGCCCAGCGAUGGCCUCUUCUGCCUCCACCCCAACAUCAACAGGGACCAUUCCUUCAACAAGAAUGUUAACGGGCACAGGACCCACACACACAGCCGAACCACUCAGUCUCCUACACUCCCAUUUUCCACUCAACCCACAAAUAUAUCUCAUCCUGCAUCUCUACCUACUUUCCCUUCUUCUCUAGCUGCCUCCACUCCUAUUAGGGCCUCCUUGUCACCUCUUGUCACCCUAUCUACCCCUCACUUUGCCUCUCCUUCCAUGCCUCCUGUCCACGUGUCUCUCACUCCAUUCACUGUCGCAGUCUCCAGUACCACAGGCCCUCUGUCCACACCCAGGACCACAUCCAGCGUCCCCAUUUCCUCUGUGUUCUCCUCUCAGUCCACCGCCUCGCGAUUCACUUCUGUCACCUCGCGAGUCCCCACGCCAGGCCUUGCAUCAUCCACCCUGGGCGUGACAGCCAUCCCAAGUUCUCCAGCCACCAACCUCACCACCAGGCAUCCUGGGACAACGCAACUGCCUACCACUGUGUUCCUGACCAGCCCCUUCAGAGAGUCCUCUUCCACUGAGGGCCCUACGGUCUCUCUUGGUACAUCUGCACUGAGCUCACCUGGGGUCUGCAGUGUGCAGGAGCAGGAGGAGAAGAUUACGUACAAGGGGUGCACAGUGAACGUGACCCUGACCCGUUGUGAGGGCGUCUGUGCCUCCUCCGCCAGCUUCAACAUCAACACCCAGCAGGUGGACGCCCAAUGCAGCUGUUGCCACCCCCUGAGCUCCCAUGAGAAGCAGCUCAAGCUGCCUUGCCAGGACCCCAGUGUGCCCGGACAGUGGCUGGAGCUCACUCUGCAGGUGUUCAGAAGCUGUGUGUGCAGCCCCCAGCGUUCUGUGCUGGCAGCCCCUUUCCUGGUCACUGGCAUGGCCUGGGAAGAGCCCUCGGACAUGGCUCACCUGGGUACCUGUGGGGAAAGGGAAUGCCAGGCAGGGGCUCUGACCACCCACACUCCUGAAGACCCUGAUCAGGCAGAGCAGACGCUCUGCAGCAGCCGAUGGCCUGAGGCUGAAGUGAAGGCCCUCGUGUGGGCGGAUCCCCUGCUGCAGCUGGGCAGCAGCGACUCUGGAAGACAGGGAGUUGAUGACGGGGCCUGUGCUCUUCCUACAUCUCAGGUGCUGACAACAGCUGUGUGUCUGCGCCAAUCCCAGAGCCUCAUCUCAGACAUGCGGCCCAGGUAUGGACAGAGGGACAACACAGGAGCUGAGCCAACCGGAGCAGCACGUGGCUCCAGCAUAUCCUCGCCACCCUGGCAUCUUCAUUUCCUGACCAAACACAAAGAGGCUGCCCUCCUCCACCCCUACCUCCAGCAGCGACUGGACAGGUGCAGGCCCACAGCACUCAGCCUCACCCCUGACCCAGGAUAA